AAAUAAUUUGAAGUGACAAGUGUUCUUCCUCCUUCUCCUCCGCCUUCUCUUCUUCCUCCUCCUCCUCCUCCUCCUCCUCCUCCUCUUCAUCAUCCAUUUUCGGCAAGAUGGCGGGAAGGAGCCUGAUAAUGAUGAUGCUCCUCACCACAACGAUUCUCGGAGUGAUGGGGGAGAGCAAAGCAGACACCCGCAUCACCCACUCCAACCGUCACUACCCCCAUCACUACCCCCACUACUACCCCUACCACCACCACUACCCCCACCACCACCACGGCGACUACAACCACCACCACCACUACUACAAGCAUCUCUACCCAGCCAGCCCCUACUACUACCGCUACCACUACACUCAAGUCUGCAAGUACCUGGUAGCAAGGCCUCUUCUCCUCGCUAGGCUUCACGGCCUCUUCUCUUACUACAUGAAAUACUGUUACGGCUCCAUCCACCCAUUCCCCGCCCUGGGUUAGAGAAGAGAGCCGCCCUCCGCCACCUCUGCCAUCCCGCCAUCCCUCCGCCCACUCUCUCUCAAUGUCCUCUUCACUGGAGAGAGAGAGAGAGAGGUUUGUCAGUGAAAGUAUAGAGAAACAGUUUAAUAUCACACAGCGUCUAUUAACCUCUUCAAUACUGAGACCCAUUCUUGCCAUGACUUUUUGUGUAUGAUUAGACGAUUUGAUUUGCAUUAGGAAGGGUCUGUGGAGGUCAAAGAUGAAUGGCCAGAGACUUUACUUUUAUAAUCCCCCACAUACGUUUCUGAAGCUGUAUAAAAUCGCCGAAUAGUAAGCAGAAUGAAUAUGUAAACGCGGCACUGUACUGAAGAGUCUAAAAAAAGAGAUGUUUGGGUAAGGGAAGAUGAAUGAGAUAGCGGGGAAACAAAGCAAUGAAAGAGAAAUGAAGGAUAAGAUGUUUAAGUAGAUAAGAUUUAUACACACAGUAAGGAUAAGUCUUGUAAUAUGUAUGAUCAUUAGUAUUGUUUUAGUGUUCUCUUAUGUAAUGAAGGUUUUAUGUGGUUGAUUGGCACACUUAUCAACGCAGAUUUUUUUUUUUUUUUUCCGUGCAUCCUAGUCACACCUGUGCUAUUAGUGUAUGUUGUGACUUGUGCCCUAUGGUUCCUAUGGUAGUAUGUGGUGUUAGUAAUCUAUGUGUAGCUAGCUAGUAGUCUAUCAAGCAUUUUUAUUAUUAGUCUUAUUGUUAUUUGUACCGCAGUCUCAUAAAUAUGUACUUCUGUAGUU